AUGACCAGCACAGCCCCUGGGCAGUCGGCUCCCCAACAGGAACCGGUGUGUUAUAAUUGCGGCACCAGAGGCCAUUGGGUAGUUGCUUGCCCAGAACCUACACGGGCGGUUCCCGCUGGUCUCCAGCAAUGGCAGUCGCAGCAUCAAGAUCGCAGCCAAUCUGAACGGAAUGUCUCGUCCCGCGAGAAGAAAGGCCGUCCUUCCAUAACCCGUUACGGCCAGCCUCCGCCCCCAAGUUUCCCCCCUGGUGUGCUGCCGCCGCCGCCGCCACCACCACCACCACCGCACGGGUAUUCGCAGCCGGGUUAUCCUCCCGCUCCGUAUGCCGGAUCCUAUCCCCCCGCGCCACCCUCGGCAAAUUACGGACAGCCUUCAGGCGCUGCCCCGCCACCGCCUCCUUAUGGGCAGCCCCAGUAUCCUGCGCCGUACCCUCCGUCGCUGCCGCCGAGCUACUACCCUAGCGCCCUUCCGUAUCCUCCCCCCUCGGUUCCGCCUCCGCCUCCACCUUUUGCUCCUGGCACCUACCCGCCUCAGCAAUAUGGGCCGUCUCCCCAGCCGCCCCCUCCCGGAACAGGCCAUUACCCCGCUCUACAUUCAAGCCCACCACCUCCACCGCCCGGUAGCUACCAAUACCCUCCGGGACCGCCGUUGCCAUAUGGAACACCGCCUCCCGGUGGGGGCCAUUACCCUCCUGCUCCGGGGUGGAGUCCGCCGCAGUAUGGCCCUCCGCUACCGCCUCCCUCGGCGAACCAGAUGCCGUCGGGGACUCAUCGUGGUAGGAGUCACAAGAACCAAGCAUCUAAGCGGUCCAACCACCGGGACAAACACCGCUCCGGGAAUGAGAAGCGUGGGAAAAGCGGGUUCUCUCGCAAUGAGCGGCAGCAAGAACGGCAAUCUAAGCAAGACGAACCGACAUUCAAGGCUGAAGACUUGCAGGCACCGGCGUCACCGGCUGAAAAGGAGACGGAGGAGGAUGGGGAGUGGAAUCCCGAAUCCGAAGAAGAUUUGAAGCAGGUAUUUCCAGAGAUCAAAGCCAAGCUAGCCGACCCCGUCGGUAUCCCCCUGCCUCCCGAGUAUACCGACGACCCGACCAUUCCACCAGCAUACAACGCGACCUGCAUUAAAUCCGCCUUCUUCAACGAGGGCAAUCAGGACGAGUUUUCGUUGUCAAUCAGGGACAGCCGGCAUUGGGCUACGCUCAAACAUGACCCGGCUUUCAGGUAUUAUUCAGGGAUGAUCAUGAGGCGGUUUGCAGGGAGCGAGCAUGAGUAUCCAACCUACGAACCGUGCGAUCCACCAGCGGCUUCGGCUCCUAUCAAGAUGCCGCCUCGCUAUCAGAUAGACAGGUCCGCACUGAAAGGAAUGGAACAGAGAGCCUUCGCCGACCGUGAACCCAGUAGCAACCGCAAUGGUUACACGCCUCAUCGUUCGCCUCAGGACUACAGGUCUCGUGACUCGGGUCGUGAUCGGCCAGAUAGGAGUGACAUGGAAAACCGGCGACACUCAAAACGAGCCCUGGACGCCGCUUUAGAGAACGACCAAGAUGAACGCAGUCUCAAGAGAGGAAGGUGGUCUGAAUCUCGGCAAGACAGGUCUCGUGAAAGUCACGGUCGAACAAAUUCGUCUCCGCGAAGACGAAGCCCGUCGCCCAGGUUUAAUCUUGAGGGCGAUCCUUGGUCACCACAAGCGGGUGAAAGCCGUGCCAAUGGGCACCGGUAUUCAGAUCCGCACAAGGGCGAUACCCCGCCGUCUUCUCGGGAGGAGAGGGUGUCGUACGCUGACAAGCGGCACGAUAGCGGCUACUACAGUGGCGAUAAACAAACUCGGCCGCGCCGUGACAGCGAGCGGGAGCGCCGAGCGCCGAACCGGCCCUACCAAAGGCGCAGAACGCCCUCCCGCAGCCGCAGCCGCAGCCUCAGCCGUAGCCGCAGUCGCGCUUCUUCUCUUGAUAGGAGUCAUCGGGGCCGCAGCGAGUCACCUUUAACGGCGCUCGAGGCAGAGUUGCUCGGCUUGACCGAGGAAGAACCUCGCGAGCUCAAGCCUAAGGCCAAGGUGAUGGCAAAGAAACCCAUCAGGAGAGUCAAAGUUGCGGCAGCAUUUGGGUAA